UUCUCAGAUUAGUCAUGCGACAAAUGAGAUUAUCUACUUUUGACGACUCCUUUAUUAGGAUCAGGUGGCUGCCGUGAUCCUUCUUGUGUACAUUAUUAAAUCGCACGAGCUAUUGUAUCAGAUUUUGUGUGCAGCUAACUGCAAAACUCGAAAGGCUUCUCCUUCCCACGCGUGUUUUAGAUUCCAAUCUUCGGUUCUGUGUAUUUUCAGUUGCCAUGUUAUUUUAACAAAGACUAAUUACCAGAUUAAGGACGCAGAAUCUAUAAGCUAGGGUUUUUUUUUAAUACCCCGUAAUCGCUUUUUUUUUUAAAAUAUUAUUUAUUAAUUUGGUGAAAAAUUAAUUUAAUUUUGAGUUGCUGGUCUCACAAUGGCUUCGAGUUUUGAUCGGUGGGAGAAGGAUCCUUUCUUCUCUGCGGCGGAGGAAGUUCAAGAAUCAGCAGACAGGAUGGAAUCAACAUAUAGAACCUGGAUGCAUUCAAAGAAGGACGCUUCAAGUUUGUGGAACUCUGAGGAACUCCACCGCGAUCUUCGUACUGCCCUUGGCACCACCAAAUGGCAGUUAGAGGAGUUUCAACGUGCUGUCAGGUCAAGUUACAAUCAGAGCUCUAGUGAGGAUUCAAGAGACAGGCAUCGUGAAUUUAUCAUUGCAAUUGAGGACCAGAUUUCAAAAAUUGAACAUUCAUUACAUGAGUCUGCCCUUUUGGAGGGCAAGGCAUCAUCGCCUUGGGUGCGAUUAGAUGAAGGCGAGUGUAAUGAACUUGCAUUAUUUUUGUCAGGGCCAUCAGCACUUGGAGACACCGCUUCUCUUAAAAAUCAUAACGGGGAUGAUAAAAACCAACAAAAGAUUAGUAAAGGAUUGACCACUGUUUGUUUGAAGGGCUCAAACAAUUUAGUCGAGUGGGAUUCCUUGGAGGCCAGAGAUGAGAAAUCUCAUGAGCAUAGGAGGACAGCCAGUGCUAGUGCUGACAUUGGUGCUUGGAAGAUUGCGAUUGCUGAAGUUAGCUGUCAACCAAAUUCUUCCGAUGGGCAACCCCUGAGACCCCCGCGAAAAGCACCUAGUUUAUCAGGAUUUUUAAGUUCCAUGGAUUGUGCAUCCGAACUCAAGUUGCCAAAGAGUGGUGUUAGGAAAUGGAAGGCAAUGGAUAAUAAAGAAGAAUAUGAUACUGUACCCUUGCGUUCUUCACAAGCGACCAAGGGCGUUCAUGCAUAUUAUCAAAAAAGUAAGAGCUGCCUGGAUGGUUGUGAUGAAUGUUACGCUAAGCAACUUUAUGGCUGGUAUGGAGUUAUACAGAGACAACUUCAACGGUCUCAAUAUCAAAUGCAAUAUAGUCGGCCUGUUCAAGUGGUUCUCUGGAUUUUUCUUUUCUUUUGUUUAAUUGGUGAGUAUUACGAGAUUCAUUCAUUUAUAUACGCAUAUAAAUGCCUGCUUGUGUUGCAUCUUUAUUGCUGGAGUAGCAUUUUUAACAAUUAUUAGUUAAUCUUUUUGUUAUACAUGAACUUUGACAAUGUCCUUAAAAAGUUAUUGAUAAUUGCUUGUAAUUUCAUAGUAGUUCAAAAUUUUGUUUAGGUUUGGAAUAUUAAGUUCCAUUUAAAAAGAAAUAGUGGCAUAUCAUAUAAAUUUGUAUGUUACCUUACCUACACAUUCACCACAUGCAUUUAACAACCAAAAUUCUGUAGAAUUAAAAGCUCUGCCCCAUGAUUUGUUGUGGUAUCAAAAUUGCUUAUAGACUUUAGAAACCAAUGCCAGCCUGUCCCCAUCUGAAUGUUAUGGGGUUUCUUUCAAAAUUUUUCUUUGUUUUGAAGUCAAAUCAUGAUUCAUAUUAUCAUAUUGCUUUCUGGGCACUGCUCAGUUUUGCUUCAAGCACACUGGACUGAGAUUGGUCAUGAUAAUCACCACUUUCAAGUUUGGUAAAAAAGGUGUGGAUGAGAUUGAAGUGAUCGUUCCUGCAUCAAAGAUUUCAUGUUGUGGAUGAAAUAUGGCAUACUGAGUGGAAAAUUUCUUGCUUAUGAUCUAGUAAUAAACUUACCUGUAACUUGAAAAGGAUGCUUGAGAUUGGUGUUGAAUUUUUUUUUUUUUUUUGAAACCAGAUUGGUCAUUGGUUGUGGAUUUAUCAAGCGAAGCAUUUCGUAGUAAUUGUUUGCCUAGACCAGUUGCCUCAUGUUGCAAUUCCCCUUAAUUGCAAGAUGAGUACACUCCAUUUGCUUACCAAUCAGAUCAAUUUAAUAGAUUUAUAGCAAACUGAAAAGGAUAUUAAUUAUUUAUCAGAUCAAAUGAAGUGCUAAUAAUUAUUUAUCUUUUUUUUUUUUAGAAAUGUUAAUUGUGAAUAAAAAAAAAUCAUAGAAUUCAGGUACUUUUACAUGUGGUUUUGUAUUCUGCACCAAAUAGUGGAAUCGGAAUCCUGAAGCAGUGAUUACUUUAUUGUUUGACUACUGAAAUUUGAGCAAAAUUUGGGCUUAUUUGACAUUUGAAGAUUCCUAGUAAACCGAAGAAGAGAUAAGCUUGCAUUAGAUUUUCAACCUUUACUGCACAUGAUAAUACGUUGAUUCUUUGGUUUGUGGAUCUGAGAGGUAUUUAAAGAAGCUGAUUUAAUUGUUUGCAUCUUACAGUGUUUUAAAUUUUUAAUUCAUUGUGUUUCAUUCAAAAAAAAAAGAAACAUCUUGUUUCCAAGACAUUUGCGUUCAUAACCUCUUCAGUGAUUGUAAGUUGUUGCGCAUUUGUUGGUAACUUGGGUUGCUGGAUUUUAUGUUUAAACGAUAAGAAAAAUUCUCCAAUGGACCAACUUAGCACCCCCCCAACCCCAAGAGAAGGGGAAGGAAGAAGAAGGAUUAUAAAAUGACUAGGGAUUUAUUUUGGAUACUUACAAUUUUAAUAUGGGUUUCCAGAUUCAUUGAUGCUGAUUUGGUGUGUUUUCUCUGCAGUGUUAAUUGCAUUACGUGCAUUGUGAGGACCUAUGUAAUCUUCAUUCUGCAUUUUACAGCAGGGGCAAUAUGUGCCGUGAAGGGUGUUCUAGGGGCAAGAUGUAGGAUAAGUGUCCUGGAAAAGGUUUGUUCAUUAAGUGGCUCAUUAGGGAUAUAGGUAGGUUUUUCAUUUUUUGUAUGCUGCAAUAUUUUGUUCCACGUAUAACUUCCGCCUUCAUCCCUUACUCUCUCUAGUAUCUAAUUCAAUGAUUCUUCCCUUUCCCUUCAAAUUUUGAUUUCUUUGACGAGGGGCAAUUUAUGUGGUAUUAUUGUAAGAGCCAAGAGUCACAUAGAAAGUUAGCAAAGGAUGAUUCUUGUAUGUUAUUGGAUCCUGUAAUGCAAUCUUUUCUCUUGUAGUCA